CUGUUCUCCGUUUGCGCGACUUCCGACCUCGGGAGGAGGGGACGGGUACUUCUAACUUCGACCAGAGCUCAUCUAUCCUCCUUUACACACUCUGGCGAGAUUGCGCUCCGGUUCGAGUGCUUUGUGCGGGAGUUGAAAGCUGCAGAGAUAUUACGAACAAGUGUACCCCGCUUGAUUUCCUAGGAGCUCUCGUCCGAUCAUAGCGACAGGCUGUUCACCGCUCUAUUUGCGGUACAAGAGACCACAUCUUCCCGGUUCUCUCUUCUCUCACGCCUACGAGAACUCUUCGACAAGCGACAACGAUGACGCGCUCAGCCACCGCCCCAACAACCCCCUUCCCCUUGUACCUCCUCCCCAGCAACCCCUUCCGCUCUCGUCGCCGCUCCUCAACCCUCUCCACCACGCCCACAAGCUCCCCCUCCACCUCUCCCCCAACGCACCCAACAUCCUACCUCUCUAGUUCCUCAAACUCCUACCUCCGCUGCCACAAAUGCCUCACAGACCUCAUCCCCGCCUCCUCUAUCAUCAGCAAAGGCUUUACUGGACGGCACGGUCGCGCAUACCUCGUUGCUCCACCACCGCCUCAAACACUCCCAACAACUGAAUUACCGCCGGGAGGUGGGAGUGGGAGUUUGCCUAAUACAAACACCGGAAAACCAGUUCCAAGGCAGCUGGUUACGGGCGCGCAUACGGUGUCGGAUAUUUCGUGCAGGACGUGUACGACGGUGUUGGGGUGGAAGUACGUGGAUGCGGAGGAAGAGACGCAGAAAUACAAAGUCGGCAAAUUCAUUCUCGAAACGCGGCGCGUGGUUAGGGGAGUGGAUUGGGAGAAUGGGAAUGAUGAUGCUGAUAGUAUAGUGGAAGGAGGAGGCGUUGGUGAACGCACAGAGGGUCAGGGAGGGGGAAACGGUGCGGGUGGGGAUGGGGAGAUUGAAUUCGACUCUGAAGAUGAGGAUGAGUGUGAGGAUUUGUUCUCCGGGAUCUGGAGUCCGGGGCUUGCGAGACGGAGGAGGAAGAAUAGGCGGUUUGGGAGGGAGGAGGAGGAGGAGGAGUAGUAGGAUGACACCACCCGAAUCGUUUCGCUGGCGGGCGAGAAUGCGAUACUAGCCCAUUCCGAAAGAGGAUGGCAAAAGGCGGAUGAUCGAACCAUGCAUAUAUACCGGCCUGUGCAGGCACCGCGGCUUAACAUUUCCACUUUCUACUCUACACAGGUUUAAUCAUGAGGGGUUGGCAGAGAGCGGCGUUCCCCAGGACUUUGGCUUUCACGCAUAUUACAUAUCCACUUCGGCAUACAGAUACCCUAUUUCGCCAGCCACGAGUCUCGCGCAUCCCUCAAAGACGGAUGCGUAGGCAGAAGAAAGCAGAUCAGGACAUACAUAUACCCUACACUCUAUACCCCACAUCAAUAUUUGAACAUAUAGUUAGUCUACGUAUACUCUACGAUUAGCAAAAUAGGUUGGUUCAUUUCGUCAUUGCAAGCAUGUGUUACUGUACAUAGGACAUAAUAGCAAUACACUCAGCACCACUCAUCUGAG